AUGCCUGCAACGCAAACUACGGCGCACGCUGCCAAUGAGGCUAGGCGCGCGAGUAAUGCACCGGAGGGGGGUUGCCCGGUGAGGCCGGGGCCCUUUUCCGUCAAGCGUUUUCCCAAUGUGGUUCCGCGAGAAGAGGCGCGUCGAACACGUUUCUCCCUGGAGACCACGGUGCACGAGGUACUGCUUGAGCAUCAUGGCUCUCUCAAAGAAUGGAAGCUGAACGAAUUCCUUUUUUACGUGGGCGGCAGUGGCACUCUGGAGGUCCAUGAGGACGCCUCUGUGGAGGAGUUUGUUGCGAACCCAGAGGGGUUUAUCCACGACGAGGAGCUGUUGAGAAGAGUAGGGGGAAAUGUGGUGUUCCAGUACUUCAAAGGUGAGUACAUUCUUCGUCAGGAAGGGGUGCACACCCUCAAGCAGUGGAUAGCCUUUGAGAACAAGGACGUGGUCCCUCCUGGCGCACAGAAGAUGCUCAAUGUGGCCUGGGAAAAUUUGCGGGAAGUAGUCGUGAUGACUGGGCCGCACGUAAUUGGGGGCUUCUACGGGGCGGUGUACAAUGCGCGGUGGAGUCACGUGGUGGAGGCUCCUGGCGGCGGAGGGAUGGAGAUGGAAGUUAAGGAGGGCAGGCCGGCACAGUGGUGGGAGUUCGAGGUGGACGGCGCUACCGUGCGGCUGGACGACGCCGUGGAGCAAUUCUGUGCCCCACGCCCACGGCUGAUGGUGCUUACCUCGAGCAGGGGAUGGCCCUUCUCGUGGUUCAGAUCCGAUUUUCUUCCCGACUGCUAUGUUAACUCCGAAGUGGAGCGGGUGUGGCAGAUCGUGAAGGGCGAUCUAACCGACUGGCUGGUCACGCACGGUGGGGAUUGUUUUGAACCGGUGGCACGCGCCUUGAUUGGAACGCCGGGAAUCGGGAUGUCGGCGAACGCCGGCUCCUACCUCCUCUACCAGUUGUUGCACUACGACGCCAGGCUGCUCCCGGUGGUUGUCUACUUUGUUGCGGAGCGGAUAUUCAUAUUUGAAAAGGCCACCAACGCUGUGGUGCGCUUUGAAAACCUUUUCCAGGCCCAGGACGUCGUGACGGAGCUGGCUGCGAGCAUGCGUGGGUACAUUAUCUACGACGUGGCCAGCAGGGGAGGCGCGCCGGCGAAAAAGUUGCCUCCGACCGGGUGGGGCAUGACUUUGUUGACGUCCCCACAAGGCGUCAACUUCACGGAGUGGGAGGCAGAGAUGAAUGCCAAGCGAAUCAUCAUGAACUGUCCUGACGAGAGCGAUGUGAGGGCGAUGUGUGCUUGGCAGAAGCGUGAGGAGCCUGCGCAGGAGCAGGCGGAGUACUGGAACAAAAUCUGGAGCUGCAUUGAGUGCCUGGGACCGGUUCCGCUGCGCCUCUUCAAUGAGAAGAACCACGGCAUGUACUUUGACAUGAUGGACACGGGUGUGGAGGAAAUCCUUCCCUUCAUGGGAGGGUACUACGUUGGGCCGGACAACGGCAUCCUGUGGAACAGGAGCAGCUCAUUCCAGCGGCUGUCGAAGGUUGUGCGGGUGUUGGGGGAUACCGGGGCGGAGAGCUUUUUCAAUGCGCCGAUUUCUUCCGUGGCCAGAGGCCAAAUAUUUGCGCUGUUGGGGAGGAUUAUGAAGUGGCCCAUUGGCUUAAGGAUGGCGCUGAUCCCGAGCUACAUUCUGUCGCCAAAGGCGCUGGAGGAGUACGGCGCGCUGAUAUUUAUGUAUGGGAAGUUUGUGCAGAGGAUGCACGACAGGCUGUCUGAGCUGCGACCCCCGAGAGGGGGACGUGAGCCACGCCCCUGCGUGCUGCAGGUGGACCCGCAGCUGUUCCCUAUUGACUCGGCGGCGUUGCUGCCGAAGUUGUUUCAUCCCGCGAAGAUUGAUGCAAGGUACCGGGUGCUGUACGUACCGGGCAUAAGGGACUUUCCGCUUUUGGACGGCUUCUUCUUCGUUGAGGCGCCGCGGAAGACGCUGAUUGGGCUGCAGACGACCACCGCGAAGGCACACCACAUCGCAACCGACGCCCUGCGGCGGUUCAACGAGCAGCUGGCGGAGAGAUUUAGCGACUGGGAAACGUUUGCGGUGGACUUGUCGUGGGAGAUUAUUUACGUGAAGCAUGUGGAGAGCCAGACGGUGUACACGUGGCAGCGGUGUGGCGCCAGCGACGACCACAAUGUGCUUCAGCGGGAGGAAGAGGAUGGGGAGGAGAGAGUCGCGGAUUCGUGGGACGAAAAGGUGCGUCAGUACUUGCUCGAGGUGUCGGAGGGGGACCUGAUCGCGGCGUGUGGGAAGGAGGAGCCCUCGAUCGUCCCCGGGAACACGAGGUUGAACUUCCUGUGA